AUACGCAGCAUUUGAGCGCAUUCGUCGCCAUACUGUGUCGGGGAAGGUUCAAGUCUUGUCUUUCUGUAGAAUCUUUGCAUUUAAAUUAAACUUUUGGCAAUUUUCGAUCGCAGAGUCCACGUGAUCAGCAUGGAGUCGAGUGAAGUUGCUAAAGAGGAAGUUGUCCAGGAAGUUGUCCAGGAAGUUGUCCAGGAGACGGGCGACCUUAACGGCGCCAAGGCGGGCGCAGACACCGACCGCGACGCAGGAGAGUCCUCCGGAGUGGUGGUCCAGCCACAAGAAGAGACAAAAAAACUUCGAAAGCGCAAAAUGAAACUUCUGAAGCCAACUGAAGGGAUUGCAAAAAAACAAAAGAAGAAAGUUUCAAUUCAAAAUUUAGAUAGCGCUAACCUCGCUGAAGAAUCAAAAGUCGAGCCGGUGUCAGCGGUGUCAGUGGAGCCGGUGUCAGCGGUGUCAGUGGAGCCGGUGUCAGCGGUGUCAGUGGAGCCGGAGGCUCCCGCCCAAGAGGAGGAGCCGGUAGCUGAAAAGAAUGAACCAUCUGGUUCUACGUCUUCACAAUCUGUGGAGACCACGUAUUCUAUUUUGGACGAGGUAUCAUCAGUCCAGACUGAGGAUGACUCUAUCGAGGAGUAUGAAGUCAACUCUGAUUGGAAUUGUGAUGAUGAUAACGGUGACUUGUGGGAACAGAAUCAAUGGCAAUUCGACCAAUUUUUCUCUGAUCGGAAAUUCUCUGAUUAUUCAUUCACACAUAAGAAACUACAAGAAGAGGUCGCUACAGAAGAGUUUCGUGUUGAUGCGGAGGAAGAAAUAGUCGAUACAGAGGAUGUAGGUGUUGGUACAGAAGAUAAUGAGGUCAGUAUGGAGGAUGCAGCUGUCGGUACAGAAGAAGAGGUGAUCGCUACCAGGGACGUGGGUGUUGGCCCGGAAUCAGAUGAGCCUAUUCGCAUUCCGAGAAGGUAUACGAUCACUACACAAACUAUGAAGCUGCUGUUGAGAGAAAUGGAUCCCAUAACUGAGAACUAUACAGCGGAAAGGGUGCGCGUCGAGCAAGAGCUAAAGGAUAGCAUGUCACAACCCAUUGUUUUCGAAUGCGAAAAGGCACAAGAACUGGAGAAACUAAAGAAGAAAGAUAUUGCUCAACGUCACGAAGAGGUAGCGCUGACGCUUCAAAAGCGUUUCAGUAUCUUUUUAUCUGCUCUAGAAGCCGCCGAUGGAACUGUCUCCGGAGAAAUCUAAAAGAGUCAGUCAUAAUGCAUUCCACUAUUUCAUAAUUACACAGUGUGUCUAGUUAGCAUGUAGUUUAAGAUUUGUUAUAAAUUUAGUACAUGUGUAACUUACUUACCAUGUCUGCGAAAAGAAAA